GCUGCAUGUUUACACUGUUUUUGAGACAGAUACUCACUAUCUUGAUUUUCAAACAAAUAUUGAAUUGAUACCUAUCAUUGCGCGCAUAAUUGUAGAGCGGGCCUUGGUUUUGGAUUUGCAGUCACGCCCUUUCAAGUACGCGACUGGGCGGUCGUCCAAGCGAUCAGAUCGCUUCGCUGUUUCUCUCACCAUGACCAAUGCUAACGAUGACGAUGAAUUAGCUCGAGCGAUUGCACUCUCACUGCAGGAAGCCGAAAGUACGCUGGCAGCACAAAACUACGAGAAAGAACAAUUGAAACUGGCGCUGGCCGCUUCAUUAGGCAAAACGCCCGAUCAAUUGACAGCACGGGAAGUGUUGAGUUUGGAACUGGAGGAACCUGAAUCCGAACCGAUCUCCAACAAACGGCCUUUAUCUGACGUAAUCCCACAACAUGAACCAAAAGUCGCUAAAUCGAAAACGGCUGGCAAUACGCGAUAUUGGGACGGAGUCGUCAAGCUCACGCAUGUCACCGGAUUCACAGGCACCACGUAUAUCAAAUUCGAGGAUAUUAUCGACAAGUAUUGCUUGAAGAAGGCGUUUGUAACUGCCUUUGUGGGAUCCAUGGAGUUUAUCAAUGAACAUUUUCCAGACCAUGUGAAUAUGUGCAUUGUGUUGCAUGGUCGUCCAGCACAAGCGGGCCAAAUCUCCCCUACGCGAUUGGUUAUUCAUCCUCCCAUGAAAGACGAUCGAUAUGGUGUGUUUCAUACCAAAUUGAUGCUGCUAUUUCAUGAAAAUUCCAUGCGAGUGGUCAUUGGCUCCGGCAACUUGGAUCGAUGGGAUUACAAGGAUUUGGAAAAUGUGGUGUUUAUCCAGGAUUUCCCUCAGCGCUCUGAACCUUGCAGUGACCUUCCUCCAUUCGCUAAUGAUAUCUGCGAUCUUUUGGACCGUAUGCAGGUUCCUGCCUCUGUCAAGGAGGAAUUGUAUAAAUACGAUUUUGCAAAAGCCAAAGCACAUAUUGUCGCCUCUGUAUCUGGUGUAUUUGAGGGCGACGAGCACAAAAAGUUUGGCCAUACCCGUUUAGCUGAAGUUGUACGAGAACUAGGUGUGGCGGAUCCGGCACAUCUGCCGGUGGUCGAGAUGCAGACAUCUUCACUUGGAGCAUUGACAGUGCUUUACAUGAAUGAAUUAUAUCGAUCCUUUUGUGGAUUCAAUCCUUAUACAGACGAUAAGAAAUUGGACCUUUCCAAGACCGAACCACCGCCUGUACGCAUCAUUUAUCCCAGCAGAGAUACUGUACUCGACAGUCGUUUAGGCCCGUCAGGAGCAGAUACCAUAUGUUUCAAUAGCAGUCUAUGGAAAAAACCUACGUUUCCCAGAAAAGUCAUGCACGACGCGAUCAGUCACCGGGCAGGCACAUUGAUGCACUCCAAGUAUAUCAUUGCCACUUUACAUAAACGAAGGACAGUAGGUGAUCCAAGCUUAAAAGGCUGGGUCUAUUGCGGGAGCCAUAACGCAACUAUGGCUGCUUGGGGGAAACUGACAUUGGCAAGAGAUACCAAACAACCAAAAAUGAGUAUAAGUAAUUGGGAACUCGGUGUUGUACUUCCUAUUUAUGAAGACACCAACAUUCCAGCACCGUACAGACGACCGGUCCCUCCCUAUCGACCAGAACAAGAACCCUGGAUGCAAGACCGCGAAUGGUAACAUCAUCAGCACCCAACUCAUAAGAAACCUGUCUGCUUUUACAACGAGCGGAAACAAAUUCUAUUGUAAUUGCACAUACCAUUACACUCAACAACUUAUAUGGAGCGCAACGACAAGACAACGAAACAGAUUUCUCGGGGGCUGUGGAAAGGAUCCUUUUUAAAAAUCGGAUGAAAUAAUGCAAGUCAAAUCGAUAAAUCUAGGCGAAAGUGUAAGCUGAAGAUAUGUAAUAUAACAACAAAGCCCAUUCGAUACAAAUCAUCCCCAUCCCAGUCAUAUGCGCAGUUAUUCGAUUUGAUCAGAACAAAUGUCAUGGUUGAAAAGAAGAAAAAAAGUUAAUAAUUAU